AUGAGCUGCAGACAGUUCUCGUCAUCCUAUUGGAGCCACAGCAGCUGUGGGGGUGGCAGAGGCAGCGGGGGCAGUGGGGGCAGCAUGAGGUCUUCUUUCAGCUGCUUCAGCUCUUCAGGGGGUGGGGGAGGAGGGGGCAGGUUCAGUUCUUCCAGUAGCUAUGGCGGGAGAAGCUCUGGGGCCUGUGGGAGGGGAGGUGGCGGCAGGUUUGGCUCCAGCUACGGUGGAGAAUUUGAGGGUGGUUUCAGUGCUGGUAGCUUUGGCGGAGGUUCCAGGGGCUUUUGUGGAGGUUUCGGAGGAGGCUUUGGUGGGUCUGGAGGGUUUGGUGCAUCUGGGGGCUUUGGUGGUGGCUUUGGCGGUGGCUCUGGAGGAGGUUUUGGUGGGUCUAAGGGCGAUGUUGGUGGUAUUCUCACUGCUGAUGGGAAGUCCACCAUUCAGGGCCUCAAUGCCUGACUGGCCUCCUACUUAGAUAAGGUGCAGGUGCUGCAGGAGACCAAUGCUGCUCUGGAGAAUAAGAUCCAGGAAUGGUAUGAUAAUCGGGGCCCCAAGAACUUCCAAAAGGACUACUCCUCCUACUAUGAUACCAUUGAGGAUCUCAAGAACCAGAUUGUAGACACCACGGUGGACAACAACAAAACUCUCCUGGACAUUGACAAUGCUCGCACGACUUUGGAUGACUUCAGGCUGAAGUUUGAGACGGAGCAGAGCGUGCGGCAAGCAGUGGGUGCAGACAUCAAUGACCUGCGCAGGCUGCUGGAUGACCCGACCAUUCAGAAGUCUGAUCCGGAGAUGCAGCAGGAGUAUCUGAGGGAGGAGCUGAUUGCCAUGAAGAAGAACCAUCAGGAGAUGAGCCAGCUGACUGGGCAGAACUCUGGGGAUGUCAGUGUGGAGAUGAAUGCUGCUCCUGGCAUAGAUCUCACCAAAGUCCUUAAUGACAUGCACCAGGAGUAUGAGCAGAUCAUUGCUAAGAACCGUAAGGAAAUUGAGGAAUACUAUGACACUCAGAUGACCCAGAUUGAGCAGGAGGUGACUAUCAGUGGCCAAGAGAUGGAGUCUAAUACCAGGGAGGUGACCCAGCUCCGGCAUAGUGCCCAAGAGUUGGCGAUUGAGCUGCAAUGUCAGCUCAGCAUGAAAUCUGCCCUGGAGAAGACCUUGGAAGACGCCAAGAACCGCUACGGUGGCCAGCUGCAGCACAUCCAGGAGCAGAUCAGUCACCUGGAGGCCCAGCUCACAGAGAUUGGGGUGGAGAUCCAGUGCCAGAACCAGGAAUACAGCCUUAUGCUCAGCACCAAAACACGGCUGGAGCAGGAAAUUGAGACCUACCGCAGCCUCCUUGAGGGUGGCCAGGAGGACUUUGAAUCUUCUGGAACUGGACAAAUUGGUUUUGGAGGUGGAAAAGGAAGUAGAAGAGGAAGUAGAGGAGGAAGUGGAUCUUGAGGUGGAAGUGGAGGCAGCCAUGGCAAAGGAUUCAGGGGAGGAAGUGAAGGUAGCCAAGGGAGAGGAAGUGGAGGCAGCUAUGGUGGAAGAAGUGGCUCUGGAGGAGGAAGUGGAGGUGGCUAUGAAGGAGGAAGUGGAGGUAACUAUGGUGGAUCAGGAGGUCAAAGUGGAGGCAGCUAUGGAGGAGGAAGUGGAUCCGGAGGAGGAAGUAGUAGCAGCUACAGAGGAGGAAGCGGAAGGUAAUUCCAGUCCCAGUCCUCUUCCUCAAAAUCUGGUGACUGUGAUGAUACACAAGGUAAGGAACGACUCUAGGUUAUGUGGGGGGAGGCAUAGGUACGACUCAAAAGUUAAGGUAUUCCCCUUUUUGAGUAUCUUUGAGCCUUUCUGGAGAAUACAUGUUCUGAAUAGAACUAGAUUUUAGGGCGGUCUCUAGUAAGGUGCCAUAGGACCUGUCCUCAAUUCUGAAUUGAUCAUUAUUUUUGAUGGAGCCUUGGAUGAGGCUAGGACCAAAUCUACACACGACUCUAGUCUUAAUAGUCUGGGAGAUGGUUUAGGAAUUGUGCAUUAUCUCACGUAUGCCCUACAACACCAUGUGAGGUAGGUUUUGUUAUUAUCUCCAUUUUAGAGAGAAGGAAAAUGAGAGGAUAAAUAACUUACUCAAGUUUGUACAAUUCAUAAAUGAGGAACUCAGCCCUGUGGGGCUCCACAGCUGCUACUCUUAACUACCAUGGGGAUGGGGAGACCUGGAUCAGCCACAGUUCAGGUGGAAAAGGGAUUUUAGCCAAUGGUUGGCAACUACCAACAGGGGCAUAUAUUGAACAUAAUAAUCUAAAUGUAAGGAAGAGUCACAGGUAAAGGGAUCUGUAGGUCACGGAGAAUUUCCCCACACAUGCACAUUGGUUU